AUGAAGUUCCUACGAGAAGAACCCGCAAUGCCCUCGCAACCCCCAUCCCCAACGGACUGGGCAGCCCACUUCAAAGCCCGCGACGCGGCAUACCACACCUGCACAGCGCGAACGGUAACGCGCUAUUAUCGCUUCGAUGGGCGCGUUGUGGUCAAGUAUGGGCAGCGGGAGUAUUAUUGCGUUAAUCCAGAUGCAGAUAUAGACACAGACACAGACACAGACACAGACACAGACACAGACACAGACACAGACACAGACACAGACACAGACACAGACACAGACACAGACACAGACACAGACACAGACACAGACACAGACACAGACACAGACCGCACCCCAGCGCCCCCAAGCUCUUCCCUCAACUCUGCACCCGCCAACUCAACCCCUGAAACCAACGACGCAAAUCACCCAGAUAAACGCUGCUCCUCGGAUACCCCCGCCGCCGCCUCGGCAGCCGAUGACAAAGCCCACGACCGUGCAAACGACGCUGCUGAUGAUGAUAAUGGUGUCGGUGCGAAUUCAAACACAGACUCCCUCCUCACCUCCCUCGCUUUAUCCGCACACCACGCAUUCGACGCAUCGAUGAACGCCCGCGAUCGGAGGAAUCGCGGGCGCUGGAUUGGUGAGACUCGUCUUGCUGAGCUGAAGGGUGGGCGGGUGCCGGUUGCAUCGGGUGGUGUUGGGCAUGGGGAGGUGGAGGUGGAAACGCUGAAGUUGUAUGAUUUAAGCUUGCAAUCUAAAGACUGUGAGGAUGGUGAGGGGAGGGGAAAUGUGGUGGGGUUGAAGGGGAGGAGGGAUUCGUUGGCUGGCGGGGAUGAGGGCCGUGAUGUGUGA